AUGUCUACCGGAGUUGGAAUGAGUGCGUGCUGCCUCUCGGGCAAGGUCAAUGAGGGUACGCCUACGGGGAGUGAGCAAGUCAUCAGUGGACUAAACACCUAUGUCGCCACCCCAUCAGACAAUUCCAAAGGCAAAGCCGUAGUCUUCCUCGUCGACAUCUUCGGCUGGAAGUUCACCAACACGCGUCUCCUCGCCGACUCCUACGCCCGCGCCGGCUACAAAGCCUACAUCCCCGACGUCCACAACGGCGACUCCCUCCCCAUCGACUUCCUGCAGGUCGUCGAGCCCCCACUACCCGUCCGCGAGUCCCAGACCGUCGUCGAAAAAGCUACCGCCACGGCAAAGGUCGGCGCCACGCUCGGCCCCUGGCUCAUCUCCCAUCGCGAAGCAGUCUCCAAGCCGAUCAUCGACGACUUCCUCGCUGCCAUCCGGCAACGCAGCGAUACGCAGAAGGUGGGCGCUAUCGGCUUCUGCUGGGGCGGGCGGUACGCGAUUCUCGCUGCGCAUUCAGAUGUGGUGGAUGCGGCCGUGGCGUGUCACCCGAGCUUGGUCGCGAUCCCGGCGGAUUUCGAGCCCGUUGUUAAGCCGCUGAGUUUGGCACUGGGCGAUAAGGAUAGUCUGCUGGGUGAGAAGGAGAUUGGGCAGAUUAGGGAGCUUAUGCAGAAGAAGGAGAGUGUGAGUGAAGUGAAGGUUUAUGAGGGGCAGGUUCAUGGGUUUGCGCUCAGGGGCGAUUGGAGUAGCGAGAAGGAUAAGAAGGCUAUGGAUGAUGCGGAGAAGCAGGGGCUGGAGUGGUUUGGGAAGCAUUUGUGA